CAGACGCUCGGCGGGCGCACCAACGAAGUGCUGGAGCUGGGCAAGCGCCUGCUGCAGCCCGAGGAGGAGUGGAAGGACAAGUGCGCGGCGCUCACGGAGCUGCGCCAGCUGCUGGCCGACUUCGCGCGGCUCCAGGAAGAAGAAGAAGAAGAAGAGGAAGAAGCAGAGGAUGCCGACGACCGCCUGGAGACGCUCUUGGCGCCCGAGAACGUGCAGGCGCUGAUGCAGCCCUUCCGCGUGACGCUCACGGACCUGCGCUCGACGGUCGUGCGCGAGGCCUGCGGCACGCUGGCGCUGCUGGCGCGCACGCUCGGCCCCGCGCGCUGCAAGAUCCUCGUGCGCGACGUGUUCCCGACGCUGCUGGACGCCAGAGGAGGCUCGAACAAGGUGAACACGGCGGCCAUCCACAGCUGCAUCGAGGCCAUCGUGGACACCACGCCGAGCAGAUUCGUGCUGGCACCGGUGCUGCAAGUGCUGGAGACGAGCAAGCAGUAUAUUUCUUUAUGGCCCGAUGAAGUCGAGAGGGACAGGAGAAUGACACCUCCAGCACCGGGGGGUCAGACAUCAAUGACACCGAGAAGCCGAAUUCCCUCGACCCCAACGUCCGCAUUGAAGAAGCCUCGAGAAGGGAGCGUACCCUCCAAAAUCCCCAGUCCUGCUCAUUUAUUACACUCCAGGACGGUGGACACUGAACCAACACCCAGCAGACAGCAUACACCAACUUACCUUGAAAGCAAGUUUACUCAGCUGAUAGAGGAAAAAUCUUCUCUUACCAAGAAGCUGGACGCGCAGGCACAGCAGCUCCAGCAACUACACGAACAGAUCCAGAUGAUGCAGGAGGAGAAGCAACUUACCGACUCGCGCAAUAAGAACGCUAUGGCAGCUACCAUGGCGGCCCACGCGGAGUAUACAGCAACUCAGCAAGAAAUCCAGUACCAGCUCGCAGAACAGGUUGCCAGUCAAGAAGCCGAGAUUGAUGAGCUCCGCAGCCAGUCUUCAUCGCCAACUCAAUCGCCACAACAACCACACCAAGAAACUACACAGCUUAAAAACACCGUAGCUGCAUUGGCGGAGCAGCUGCAAGCCGCGACGGCGAAGCUGGAGGCGUCGAACGCCGAGGCCGGCGACGAGCUGAACGCUCUGCGGAGCGAGAAGAGUGCUCUGGAGGAGCGGUUGGCGGCGCAGAGUGCACAGGUCGAGGAGCUUCAGGCGCAGCAGAGUGCUGCAGUGGCCGCGCUGGAGGAGGAGAAGCGCGAGUUGGCCAGCGAGGUGUCGACGCUGAAGAGCGGUCAGUCGGAGGCGAUGGCGCAGUGCAGCCAGAAGGACGAGCGCGUGGCGGAGCUGGAGAGCGAGCUGUCUGCAUUGGCGGAGCAGCUGCAAGCCGCGACGGCGAAGCUGGAGGCGUCGAACGCCGAGGCCGGCGACGAGCUGAACGCUCUGCGGAGCGAGAAGAGUGCUCUGGAGGAGCGGUUGGCGGCGCAGAGUGCACAGGUCGAGGAGCUUCAGGCGCAGCAGAGUGCUGCAGUGGCCGCGCUGGAGGAGGAGAAGCGCGAGUUGGCCAGCGAGGUGUCGACGCUGAAGAGCGGUCAGUCGGAGGCGAUGGCGCAGUGCAGCCAGAAGGACGAGCGCGUGGCGGAGCUGGAGAGCGAGCUGUCUGCAUUGGCGGAGCAGCUGCAAGCCGCGACGGCGAAGCUGGAGGCGUCGAACGCCGAGGCCGGCGACGAGCUGAACGCUCUGCGGAGCGAGAAGAGUGCUCUGGAGGAGCGGUUGGCGGCGCAGAGUGCACAGGUCGAGGAGCUUCAGGCGCAGCAGAGUGCUGCAGUGGCCGCGCUGGAGGAGGAGAAGCGCGAGUUGGCCAGCGAGGUGUCGACGCUGAAGAGCGGUCAGUCGGAGGCGAUGGCGCAGUGCAGCCAGAAGGACGAGCGCGUGGCGGAGCUGGAGAGCGAGCUGUCUGCAUUGGCGGAGCAGCUGCAAGCCGCGACGGCGAAGCUGGAGGCGUCGAACGCCGAGGCCGGCGACGAGCUGAACGCUCUGCGGAGCGAGAAGAGUGCUCUGGAGGAGCGGUUGGCGGCGCAGAGUGCACAGGUCGAGGAGCUUCAGGCGCAGCAGAGUGCUGCAGUGGCCGCGCUGGAGGAGGAGAAGCGCGAGUUGGCCAGCGAGGUGUCGACGCUGAAGAGCGGUCAGUCGGAGGCGAUGGCGCAGUGCAGCCAGAAGGACGAGCGCGUGGCGGAGCUGGAGAGCGAG